AUGCCUAGCCUCGGAUUCCUCAAGAAGAAGCGGACGAAAGACUCGACGGGCUCCCGAGACCUCGACUCGCCGACUUCGCCCAUCAAGGACACGGCGUCGCCCAUUACGCCCACGUCGUCGCGCAAGUCGGGCUCCUUCCACCUGCACCGGACAAAGACCAACGACUCGUCCCAAAACUCCCAGGCCGCGGCCGCGCCCUCGAAGCCCUCGUCCGACUCAAUGAACCCCGCCUUUGCGCAGCAGCAGUAUGCGAGCCCGCAGUCGACCGCGCAGCCCUCGCACAACACCCCCAGCAUACAGAACCUGAUCCACCCCCACAACACGAAUGCGCCCGCGAAGAAUAAUGCCGGCGCCAACUUCCAGACGCAGCCCCUCAACCAGACCCGCACCACAAAGGGCAAAUACUCGCUGACCGACUUCACCAUCCAGCGCACGCUGGGCACGGGUAGCUUCGGCCGAGUCCACUUAGUCCAGUCCAAGCACAAUCAGCGCUUCUACGCCGUCAAGGUGCUGAAGAAGGCGCAGGUCGUCAAGAUGAAGCAGGUCGAGCACACCAACGAUGAGCGCCGCAUGCUGCAGCAGGUCAAGCACCCGUUCCUCAUUACCCUCUGGGGCACCUUUCAGGAUUCCAAGAAUCUCUACAUGGUCAUGGAUUUUGUAGAAGGGGGCGAGCUGUUUAGUCUGUUGCGAAAGUCCCAGCGCUUUCCCAAUCCUGUUGCCAAGUUCUACGCCGCCGAAGUCACGCUCGCGCUCGACUACCUACACUCGCACAACAUCAUCUACCGCGAUCUGAAGCCCGAGAAUCUGCUCUUGGACCGACACGGCCAUUUGAAGAUCACAGACUUUGGCUUUGCAAAAGAAGUUCCCGACAUCACAUGGACGCUCUGUGGCACACCCGAUUAUCUAGCACCCGAAGUAGUCGCUUCCAAGGGCUACAACAAGUCGGUCGAUUGGUGGUCUCUUGGCAUUCUCAUAUUUGAAAUGCUCUGCGGUUUUACCCCCUUCUGGGAUGGUGGCUCACCCAUGAAGAUUUACGAGAAUAUCCUCAAGUCCAGGGUCAAAUAUCCGCCUUACAUCCACCCCGACGCACAUGAUCUGCUGCAAAAGCUCAUCACCCCAGAUCUCACCAAGCGACUCGGCAACCUCCACGGGGGCAGCAAAGACGUCAUGAACCACCCGUGGUUCGCAGAAGUGACGUGGGACAGACUGCAAAAGAAGGACAUUGACGCGCCCUACGUGCCGCCUGUCAGAGCUGGCGUUGGCGACGCCAGCCAGUUCGAUAAGUAUCCAGAGGAGACGGAAGCAUACGGUCAGGCAGGCGAUGACCCGUGCGUGAAGAGUCCUCCUUACACAGUAGACCAUAUUCUGACGUGUCCGAACAGUCACGGACACCUGUUUCCCGACUUUUAG